AUGAGAUCUAAAUCUAAAUUUUCACGAGAACAAGAUCAAAUUAUUAAAGAUUUUAUGGUCAAUAAUAAAUGUGUUAAACAUCCAUUUUCAAUAUUAAGUAAAAUGGAAUCGAUUCCUUUCGAUACCAAACAAAUUGCUAGUCGUUGGUGGAGCAAACUUGAUCCUCGACUUUGCAAGGACGCUUUCUCACAAGAAGAGAAGGAUUUUAUUUAUAAUUGGGUUCCGGAACAUACACAACCGGAACAGAAUAUUCAAUGGAAAGACCUACAAGCCGAGAUGAAAGCCAAACUUGGUAAUUUCCGUGCGCGAAAUAGUCUAAAGAAUAUCUGGAAUUCUAAACAAAAGCAAAUUAAAGCAAAAAGCAAAGUUAAUUCCAUUCCUCUCAAUGACGCACGUGAAUCCGACGAAGAGAAUUUCGAUGAAUUAUGCCGCGAUUAUAAAAUUGAUAUCGAAGCGGAUGAUAAUAUUGAUGUAAUCGAAGCUGAAGCCGGUGCUUCAAAUAAAGCUUCUAUUGAUUAUAUGUUAAAUAAAAUUAACUCCACAUCUAUUUUAAUGCUUUUCUUAGUAAAUGAUAGCAAAUAG